AGGAUGUCGGAAAAAACGAAUGGUGUGAAGAGUUCUCCAGCCAAUAACCACAACCACCACCCACCCCCAUCAGUCAAAGCCAAUGGCAAGGAUGAGCCUGAACAUAGGCCCAGCAGGCCACAGUCAGCAGCUGAUGAUGACACCUCCUCGGAGCUGCAGAGGCUGGCGGCGCUGGACAAUCCCCAACAGGGUAGAGGGGGUUUCCGAAGGGUUGUCCAAUUGGUCAGAGUCCUGAGAGACUGGGCCAAUAAGAAUUUUCGAGAGGAAGAACAAAGACCAGACUCAUUCCUUGAGAGGUUCCGUGGGCCUGAGCUCCAGACAGUGACCACUCAGCAGGGUGACGGCAAAGGUGACAAAGAUGGUGACGGCAAAGGCAAAAAGAAAUUUGAACUCUUUGUGCUUGACCCCGCUGGAGACUGGUAUUACCGCUGGCUCUUCAUUAUUGCCAUUCCUGUCCUCUAUAACUGGUGCCUGCUGGUGGCAAGGGCCUGCUUCAGUGACCUGCAGAGGGGCUACUAUCUGGUGUGGCUGGUACUUGACUACGUCUCAGAUGUUGUCUACAUUGCCGACCUUUUCAUUAGGCUUCGAACAGGUUUCCUAGAACAAGGGCUGCUUGUCAAGGACACUAAAAAACUCCGGGACAACUAUAUCCACACCCUGCAGUUUAAGCUGGAUGUGGCCUCCAUCAUCCCCACUGAUGUGGUGUACUUUGCAGUGGGGAUUCACAAUCCCGAGUUGCGCUUUAACCGCCUCCUUCACUUUGCUCGCAUGUUUGAGUUCUUUGAUCGCACAGAGACCAGGACAAGCUACCCCAACAUCUUCAGGAUCAGCAACCUUGUACUGUAUAUCCUGGUCAUUAUCCACUGGAAUGCUUGCAUUUACUAUGCCAUCUCCAAAUCUAUUGGGUUUGGGGUGGACACAUGGGUAUACCCCAAUAUCACAGAUCCAGAAUUUGGCUACCUGGCUAGGGAGUACAUCUAUUGCCUCUACUGGUCCACGCUCACUCUGACUACCAUUGGAGAGACGCCUCCCCCAGUGAAGGAUGAGGAGUAUCUCUUCGUCAUCUUUGACUUCCUGAUCGGUGUCCUCAUCUUUGCCACGAUUGUGGGAAACGUGGGCUCCAUGAUCUCGAACAUGAACGCCACUCGAGCUGAGUUCCAGGCCAAGAUUGAUGCCAUCAAGCACUACAUGCAGUUCCGUAAAGUCAGUAAGGAAAUGGAAGCCAAGGUCAUUAGGUGGUUCGACUACCUGUGGACCAACAAGAAGACUGUGGAUGAGCGGGAAGUCCUAAAGAACUUACCAGCCAAGCUCAGGGCCGAGAUUGCCAUCAAUGUCCACCUGUCAACCCUAAAAAAAGUACGGAUCUUCCAGGACUGUGAGGCUGGGCUGUUGGUGGAGCUGGUGCUGAAACUGCGCCCUCAGGUCUUCAGCCCUGGAGAUUACAUCUGCCGGAAAGGAGACAUCGGCAAGGAGAUGUACAUCAUUAAGGAAGGGAAGCUGGCUGUGGUUGCAGAUGAUGGUGUUACCCAGUAUGCACUGCUCUCAGCAGGGAGUUGCUUUGGAGAAAUCAGCAUCCUCAACAUCAAGGGAAGUAAGAUGGGCAACAGACGCACAGCCAACAUCCGCAGCCUGGGCUACUCAGACCUCUUCUGCUUGUCUAAGGAUGACCUCAUGGAGGCUGUGACAGAAUACCCGGAUGCCAAGAAGGUCUUGGAGGAGCGCGGGCGGGAAAUCCUCAUGAAGGAAGGGCUACUGGAUGAGAAUGAGGUGGCUGCCAGCAUGGAGGUGGAUGUCCAGGAGAAGCUAGAACAGCUGGAGACCAACAUGGAGACCCUGUACACUCGGUUUGGCCGCCUUCUCGGUGAAUAUACUGGUGCCCAGCAGAAGCUGAAACAGAGAAUCACAGUCCUUGAAACCAAGAUGAAGCAGGCCAGUGGGGAUGACUACUUGUCCGAUGGUCUGGACACCCCUGAACCAGAGACAGAGCACCAGGAGGAGACGGCUGCUGAGAAGCCUUGA